AUGCGACUAUCCGUCACUGCCAUUGCGGCUACUUUACUCGUCCGUGCCCUGGCACAGGAGCAGACGACCGUCUCAGGUACCACCUACUCGGACUGUCAUGCCCACGGUGCCACCCAAUAUUGUUAUGGACCGAAUGGUGAAGAGACUGCCCUCUCUGCUGCCGGUACAGCGUCAAUUACCUCUGGUCCAGCUUCAACUGCCGCUACAGCCACAGCGACUGUCCAAACCACAGCCGUAACGUCGUGUCAUGCCCACGGUAGCGAUAUAUAUUGCAUCAAUGGCGCUGGAGACGAAGUGCUAGUUUCUCUCGAAGCCACACCCACCGGUGAGACGCCUGCAGAAUACACAUCUUGUCACGCCCAUGAUGAUGAGCAAUACUGCGUUGAUCCGGAUGGAAACGACGUCUUGGUUCUCGCUGAGGGCGCCACAUCUCACGACGAAGAAGAACACUCCCAUCCUCUUGAUGAAAGCACGUCCUCGGAAGGGCAAGAUUGCCACUUUCAUGCCGGUGUCGAACACUGCGUGGCAGCCGGAGAGUCAGAAAGCGGCGGUGUCACAGCAGAGCAAUGCUCACGGCAGACACGCGACUACGACAUACCCCUGCGUGUCGGUACACUUUUCGCCAUGCUCGUCACAAGCACCAUCGCAGUCUUCCUACCCCAGGUCCUUGACAAGCUACCCUUCCGCGCCAUGAAUGACAUCGCCUUCACAGCCAUCAAGCAAUUCGGCACUGGUAUCAUCAUCGCAACCGGAUUCGUUCACCUGUACACCCACGCCUACCUAAUGUUCACCAACCCCUGCAUCGGCACCAUCGACUACGAAGCCACGACCUCCGCCUUCGUCAUGGCAGGCAUUUUCCUUUCCUUCCUUGUCGAAUACAUCGGCCACCGCAUCGUGCUAGCCCGCUCACGCUCCCGCAACACGGUCGACCCUUCGCCCCUCCCAACCUCCGACACCAGCGGCACCCUCUCGCAGCACGACUCCUCCGGCCCCAAUCCCAAGGAGCACGGCCAAUACAACGCCACACGCGAAACCCCCGCCGCACCAGGCGCCAACCUCGCCGCGCUAGGCCACCACCACGGCAACCCGUACUCACCAACCAACCCCAACAGCAAGUUAUCCGUGCUCGUCAUGGAGGCCGGCGUGCUCUUCCACAGCAUCCUCAUCGGCAUCACGCUCGUUGUGGCGGGCGACUCCUUCUACAAGACCCUUUUGGUGGUCAUCAUCUUCCACCAGUUCUUCGAGGGCCUCGCCCUCGGCGCCCGCAUCACCCUGCUCCGCCACCCCACCACCUCCACCACCUCCCUCCGCCGCACCAAAACCCUCAUGUCCCUCGCCUUCGCCUGCAUCACCCCACUAGGAAUGGGCAUCGGCAUCGGCGUCCUCGACCGUUUCAACGGCAACGACCCCACCACAUUGUGGGUCAUCGGCACGCUCGACGCCUUGAGCGCCGGCGUGCUGAUUUGGGUGGGGCUCGUGGAUAUGUGGGCCCGCGACUGGGUUGUGGAGGGGGGAGAGAUGGUGGAGGCGAGACUGGGGAGGGUCGUAGUGGGUGGGCUGGGGUUGGUGGGUGGAUUGGUGAUUAUGAGCUUUUUGGGGAAGUGGGCUUGA